AUGUCUUCUGAGGACUUUGAGCUGCCGUUCCAGAAGAAGAUAGUGGCUGCUGUGGACUUCGUAGACUUCGUUACCCAAGGAGCUAGAGCGACCACUACUACAUCCGACACUAGUGUAUCCAACACUACUAUAUCUCAUCUCACCACUACUCUUACUGGGGAUCUCGCCCCACACAAUUAUCUUAUCGAUUCCACAGGCCAGGUUCAAGCCGUACUAGACUGGGAUGGUGCUCUAUACCUCCCAGUUGGGUCAAAUCUUCGGUUCAUGACCCUGAAUGGCGGGAAAGACACGGAUGAUCGCCAGUAG